CAUUGAUAGGGGACACUGACUGGCACUGAUAGGUGACACUGAAAGGCAGCUCAGAUGGGCACUGAUAUGUGGCAUUGAUGUGCACUGGUAGGCACUGAUAUGUGGCAUUGAUGUGCACUGAUGGGCACUGGCAGGUGACAUUGAUGAGUAUUGACAGCUGGCAUUGAUGGGCACUGACAGGUGGCACUGCUGGGGCUACACUGAUCAUCAGGGCACACUGAUCACCAGUGCCCUGAUGAUCACUGUCUACGUGACAGCUCAUGAGGAGAAAAAUGCCGAUAACUGGCAUUUCCCUAUUUACAUGCGAUCAGCUGUGAUUGGA